CGCCGUUCUCUCCGCAGCCGAUACCGCCCGCGCUCGCUCCCGCCCCCGGCACGACACCCGCUUCUGGGAACGGAGCGGCGGCGGCAUCUGCCCGCGGCGAGUGGCGGGCGGCAGCGCCCGGUGGGGCUGGGGAGGACCAGCAGGAACGGGGUCUCCUCUCGUUUCCUCACCGCCGAUCUUGGGAGGCGGCGGCGGCCAGGGGAAGCGAGCCCGGGGGGGCCUCGGCUGCGGGCCCCGGCAGCGGGGCGGCCCCGCCCCGAGGCAGGACGAUGCCGGUGAAGAAGAAGAGGAAGUCCUCGGGGGCGGCGGCGGCGGACGACACCGGCCUCAAGAAAUGUAAACUCGGCAGAACACAAGCAUCUGGUAAAGUAAUAAGUGGAGAGGAACAUUUUUCAAGCAAAAAGUGCCUGGCUUGGUUUUAUGAAUAUGCAGGUCCUGAUGAAGUUGUAGGCCCUGAAGGAAUGGAAAAAUUCUGUGAAGACAUCGGUGUUGAACCUGAAAAUAUCAUUAUGUUAGUUUUAGCCUGGAAACUAGAGGCUGAAAGCAUGGGAUUUUUUACCAAGGAAGAAUGGUUAAAAGGAAUGACCUCAUUACAGUGUGACUGUACAGAAAAAUUACAGAGUAAAUUUGACUUCUUACGGUCACAGUUGAAUGACAUUUCAUCCUUUAAGAAUAUCUACAGAUACGCCUUUGAUUUUGCAAGGGAAAAAGACCAGCGAAGUCUUGAUAUUGAUACUGCAAAGUCCAUGUUAGCUCUUCUGCUUGGAAGAACUUGGCCACUGUUUUCAGUAUUUUAUCAAUACCUGGAGCAAUCGAAGUAUAGAGUUAUGAACAAGGAUCAGUGGUACAAUGUACUAGAGUUCAGCAGAACUGUCCAUGCAGAUCUUAGCAACUAUGAUGAAGAUGGUGCAUGGCCCGUACUUCUGGAUGAAUUUGUUGAAUGGCAGAAAGUUCGUCAAGCGUCAUAGCAAGAAUUCAAAAGAAAAUGCAAAAGUUUUUUUUUGGUGCCCGCCUGUACACAAAGUAAUGAGAAAAACAAAGGAUUGCAUUUUCAUUCAUAAGAAAGACUUUACAGUAAUUUUUUUUUCCUUUUUUAAGGAGACUUUCUUGUUACAUGUGAUAUGGGCAUUGAACCACACCUCUUCUGAGACUGAAAGUUGGAGUUCUUGUUUUGAGUCUUAUGUUUAUAGCGUUUAUUUCAGAACAAUAAAGAUUCAGAUUUGUGACAAAGGCCUAAAA